GCAAUAGUAUUUCUAUAAGAGAAAACAUAAUAAAUGCUAAUAAAAAACUUGUUGGAACAACACUUGCCAAAUUAAUUCCAGAUCCUAGUAAAAAAAUACCAGUUGGCACCAUUCCAGGGAUUUCUAAUUAUUUCACCUUUAUGUGGCCAACUGCCUCUGAAGUAAGAUCCAAGCUUCAAGAAAAAAAUUUGAAUUCCUCUGGAGAUAAAUCAGUCAUAAAACAGAGAUUGGAUCAAUUUACUAAUUUUGAGCCAAUAAAUAUUACAUUAUUUUCAAAUGAUGACUUAAAAGAUUUAUUGCAUAGAAAUUUAAUACCUGGAUUUGCCCUAAGGAGUAAACAAAAAUUUGGGAAAAAAGGUGGUAAAAGAUUAAAUUUAAAUGUAAUUGAAAAAUUUGAUAAAUGUAUAUUGCAACAUAUCCCAACAGAUCCAAUACCAAGAGGUAUAAACCUAAUUUAUGAUAUAUUGCAAUUAGCAAAAGAUGCUGCAAUCACAUUUUGUAAUCAUGGAACAAAUGACAAUACACAUUCAUUCAACAGUGAAUCAUCAACAAUUAAAGAGAUCCUCAACAAUUAUAAACUAUUUAGGCAAGGCCUAACCUUCCUGAAAAAAUACAACAUUAGGUUUAUUGAGCAAUUAAUAUUAACUGAUGGCAUUACAUUAAUAAAGUGGCAACAUUUAAAAUCAAAAGUAGGAGCCAAACUAGUAGAAGACAAAAGAUACUUGAUCUUACAACACCACGAAGAAGUCAAAUCAAUAUCAGCCACAACUUCACCUAGUACAGAAACAUGGCAAUCACCAAAAUUAAAUCAAUGUACAGGUUGUUCAUUAGAUGAAAACCAUAUUGUAAAUAUGUAUCACAAUCAGAGAAAACAAUGUCAUAUAAUGGUACAUGAUGAUAAAACAAUCAAGGUACCAUACAUGAGACAAAAUAAUUAUAUUACAAAAGUUCACAUUCAAUCAACAAAAAAUGAAAUAGAAAACCAAAUUAAGAAUAAAUACAGAAGGAGCAUUAACACAAGUGAACACAAUCAAUCAAUGAUAGUAGAAACCCAAUUACCCAAAGGAAUAAACUACAUUAGAAACUUAUUUAAUAGUAAUGAAAUAACAGAAGUACUAAUCAAUACAUAUGAAAAAAAUGCGAAUGAACCAUCUGAAGAGUAUAGUUUUUAUACAGAUGGAUCAGUAAAACAAAUAGGAACAUUAAACACACAUAGUGGAAUUGCUUGGAUACAAACAACAGGAGCAGCAGCAAAAGGUACAAUAUUUAAAGCCCAAAUUCAAAACUGGCAUUCCUCACUAAAAGCAGAAAUGAUGUCAAUAUUUAGCACAAUAUUAACAGUUCCUGAAAAUAGUUCGAUAAAUAUUUAUACUGAUAGUCUUUCAUUCAUUAAUAAAUAUAAUACAAUGAGUAGGAUGGAAGAGGAAAAUAGCAUUAGAAACCAUCUGAAGCAGAAAUAUAAUGACCUAUGGAUAACAAUAAUCAAUUAUAUAAAAGAGGGAAAUUUAGACAUAAAUUUUAUAAAAGUUAAAGCACAUAAACAAGAACACCAUAACAAUGUAGUAGACAAACUUGCUAAAGAAGGAACAACUAGUACCAAUCUUGAAUAUAAG